CCCCGCUGCGCAGAGCGGGCUUCCCAAGGUUCCAUCGAUCCAACUCGCCGGAACUCACCGCUCACGUAUAUAUAUUGAGAAUCUUCUGCCUCAACCUUGCCCACGAAAGAUCAUCAGCUUCCCACGCGUUCUUCGAGUCCGGUCGCCACCUUGAAGUUCUCGACCACAACUGCGUGCAAGUUUUUCUGCACUCAAGACAGACAAAGCACCCAACAUGUCCAGCCUUUCUAUCCCUCCCGAACGAGGCCAGCAGGUGCUCGCCGACCUGGCCGCCAGGUUUGACCGCAUUUCCGUCCCUUUCAAGACGGUCAACAGCACACCGAUCGAGGCAGCCAUCUUUGUCCCGAAAAGCCUCACGUCGGUCACCGAAACGCAGAAGCUGCCGGUGCUCGUGCACUUUCACGGUGGAGGCCUGCUGAUGGGUGGAAACCCCGAGCCCUUCUUCCUCCCCGACUGGGUCCGCGACCUCGCGUACACCACGCCCGCCCUCUUCAUCUCCCCGGCGUACCGGCUGAUCCCCGAGUCCCGCGCCGUCGACGCGCUCGACGACGUCGGCGACUUCUGGACCUGGCUGCACGCCCACCUCCCCGCCACCAUCAGCGCCCACUGGCCGCAUCUGACGGCAGACCUCGGCCACAUCGCCGCCGUGGGCGAAAGCGCGGGCGGCUACCUGGCGAUGCAGUCGGCGCUGCUCUUCAGCCGCACGGCCAAGCUCCGCGCCGCCAUCGCGCAGUACCCGGGCCUGUACCCGGACCUGACGGGGUUCGCGGACCGGCCGAAGACGGCGGACCCGAAGUUCGACGCCCUCGUGGCCGAGUACGUCAAGAACACGGCGCCGGGCGCGAUCCGCGUGUCGUCGCCGUGGCCCGAGAAGGUCGAGCUGUUCGGCGCCGUGAUGAGCAACGGCUUGCUGGCGCAGGUGUACGGCGAGGACAAGGAGGGCCGGCUGACGCUCGGGUACGCGCUCGCGCGCGCCGAGGAGGUGCCGCCGCCCGUGUGGGUCAUCCAGGGCGACGACGACCACCUCGUGAGUAAGGCCUGGACCGACGAGGUGGUGGAGAGGAUCAGGAAGGAGAAGCCCCGCGCGACGAUCAAGUACACGGUGCAGCCGGGAGAUCAUGGGUUUGAUGGGCUCAGUAGGCUGGAUGAUGACUGGGUGAAGGAAGGGGUCGACUUUGUCAAGGGGUACUGGCUGUGAGGCCGAUUUUUUUUAAAAAAAAAAAAAUGAAGAAAAGAAAGAACGAAAGAAGAAAAACAUUCGUAGAUGCAAAAUAACUACCCAAGACAUUAACUAAAC